GUCUUUGUGAGACGCAGCCAUAUAAUAAAAGCAUUUAUGACCUGUAUAAAGAUUUUACCGCAGAUAACGUGGAUCCUUGGAAAAUAGCAGACGACUUCGCUUUUGCGGCUUCUACUGGAAUUGGAGCAGCACUAGGUGGGUAGCGAUAACAACAGAGUGAGUACAUUAGUGACAGUACAUAUUUUAUAUGAUAAAGCGACGGAGUUACAGCAACUUUUGUGCAAUUGUUUUUAACUUCAUCGAGAAGGUUCUUCUGAAAGAAUUCUUUUGGACAGUUUAUCUUGAUUUGCUUGUGUACUAAAUGGAACCUAAAUGGGAAAUCCAAACCAGUUUGGCAUUCCAUUGUUUGGGAUCUUCAUGAAUUGCAGUUAUAUAUAAACAACCGAAGGGGAUUGUUAAUGUUUAAUAAAACUAUGUGUUCUUAUUACUCAUUUUCAGGAAUUGUCACCUUCGUUGGUGUUACCGGUGCUGCGGCAGCAGCAACUGGCAUAGGAGCUUUGCUUGUUAUUGGGAUUGGUCUAAUUGCCGUCAUAAGCGACGCAAUAAGGCAGUCAGUUAGAGAAAAGCAAGAAAGACAGAGACAGUGCAAUGAAUGGAGACAAUGGUGUUCCUGGGGCAAAGACCUUUUUAACCACUACGGACUUUUGGUGGACAGCAGCGCAAACCCUUGCAGCAAAUGCCCAUCGAACAAGAAGCAUCACAUGUUACGCAUUAUGUGCUCAAAUCGGCGACUUUUCGUCCCGGCUUUCAAGAGAGCAUUGGUGAAUGGACUGGAUUCCGGAAAAGACGUGAAAAGCCUGGUGCCAAGUUUGGGAAGGAUUGAGGGAAAAGCUUGCCCUGCUUGGUUACGCCAUUUCUACAAACGUCAAGGAAAACGUCAUUGAAAACUACAAGGAAACCAAGGGAACGACAACCACAUCCAAAAAGGCCUGCAUUAGAAAAAAAUAACAGUCUAUACAGCACUCAUCAGCUUAUCUAGUGAAUUAUCAAAACCAUUUAAAAAUUGUCCCAAGGAAAAUAAGUGAGUUUACUGCUUAAAAAUCGUAUUUCUAAAUUUCGAUAAACACAAAGAAAGUUGUCGCAGUCACGUUGUUCGUUUUUUUCUUAUGGCUGAUUUCUAAAAAGAACAAGUCAAAAAUUACUUUCUUCUUGUUUCUAUCGAGUUAUAGGAACGCUCGUGAAAGUUUGGGAGAACUAAGUCUGUUCAAACUUUCUCCAAUCGGCUCGUGUUUCCACAACAUUUCUCCUUCUCCCAAGCUUCUCCUCGUUAUAAAUCAAUAGAAACACGAAAAAUUUCAAUUUCUUAAAUAUCAAUUAAGUUUUACAUUGAAAUAUCUUCAAUAUCAAAACACUUAUUCUGGAAUUAUGAAAAUUUAAUUAGAAAACCAGUUCAUCACUCGUUCCAGUUAGGCUAUUAUAACGGACAAGUUACUCAAGACUGAUGUUUCAAUCAUAGAUGAGAGUGAUCAUUUUAUCGUGAACAUUCACCGAUAUUUAAAGUAAACAAGGUUGCUAUAAAAACGUUUUUGCAUCUUGCAAUACCAUUCAAGUUAAGCUCAUUUAGAAUGCUGAUACAUUCACAGAACUUGUUGUUACAGUAAGUGUCCCAAAUAUCCACCAGAGAAAAAACAAAGGUGUAUACCUUACCAUAAGUGAGCUAGAACGUUAUAAAGGACGAGUUAGAGUGAUGUUUUGAUGAGGGUGAUUUUUUCAUCGUGAACGUUUUCAAAAGGUUUUGCACAAUACAAUAUCAUUUAGAAAACUUAAUUUAUUCACUGACCUUGUCGUUACGGUAAAUGGCCCAAAUUUCGACCAGAAAAGAAGCGAAGGUGUACACCUUACCUUAACAAAACGUGGACAGGCAGAAAAUGACAAUACACUUUACCACCAGACACUCAGUUGACAUGAAUAAGUGAGAACAAAAAGGCUAGGUUUGAGUUCACCAGCAUACUAAAGCAUACUACAAUAAAUAGGUGCAUGGCCUCAGUAAUAGUUGACAUCCAGUAUCAGGCUAAAAAUUAUUCUAUGAUUAGACUACGACAAAACUAAAGGAAAUAAUAUCUAUCACGCUACUCCUUAGGGCAUUCACUUGAUAAAAUGUUGGCAUGAAAUAAGCUCCACCGAUCAAUUUUCAAAAAUUUAUUACAUAGAUUUGCAUUAAUAACAAUAAAGUAUUCUUGUAAAUCGAUAUGUAAUGGGCCCCAAUACUCAAUACAUGAAAAAAUGUAUAAUCUUCAACUUAGAUUUGGCUAUAUAACGGCUAUUUCCCUUUAAACAAACAACUUGAACCUAUAGUGAUGCUUAAUAUAAACACCAACCCACGGAGCCACUUAACUCAGUAUACAAGGAAGGGAAAAUGUGAUAGUGAUGAAUACAAAUAAUAAUUGCCAAUAAUAAAAUGAUGAUAUAACAAACUACGUACAUGUAU